AUGAAAAAGCUGUUCAGGUCAAGCGAUCUUUAUUGCAAGAUCUGUGGUCAGAAAUUCCAAUCCUCAAUCAACUACCUCUCUGCGCCUGUGGAUGUCUACUCUGACUGGAUCGAUGCUUGCGAAAGUGUUGCGCAAGAAGCUGCUGCUGAUAAUGAGCCAAAUGCUGAAGACAAGGCCUUCAGUAAUUAUGCAGCAGAACGACCGAGAGCUACUGCUGCAGGGAACGAUGACGACGAGGAUGCUGGCUACGAUGAUGAUUACUAG